AUGACCUGGUUUGCGGCUGACGUGGAGGAACGCGCUUUCAAGUGGCAACACCUGCCUCUUGCGAUGGACGCACCGCCGGGUCUCGAGGCGGAAAACCCCACAGCAACUGCUGCGCUCCGCGCGCAAAGUGAUGUGGGCACUUCUCUUGCCAGCCUCGCCAAGAGUGUCAACGACUCCGUUGUCGAGAUGGCUUCGGAUUGGCACACUGUUUUGUCCAUGCUGCCGUACAUUUCCAACAUGACCGGACCGGGAGAAGGCUUGCGGCUGCCGGAGAAAGCCCUUACAGACCCUCUGCAGGAAAGCAAGGGCGCGUCGCAGAGCCUGGCUGCAUGUGCUCCAGAAGCCGCGUGCAGGCAGAGCAUGCUGGCAUGGUUGCAAGCUGACCUUGGCACGGAGUCCCAAGGUGUCAGCGCCGGUGCAGCAGCCUGCUCCGGCUUCACCUGCUGUCAGCUCCGCAAGGACCCCCAUGAAGCCCGCUGGCUGUCCAGUGACUUUCUUAGUACGGAGGGUGGCUUCAGUGCCUUCGGUGCAAGAGUCUCCGGUGGCCUCACGUUCCAGGGGGCCAUUGAUGCCGGGCUGCUGUGCUGCAAGUCGCGGCAGGCUGCGAUAUUGAGGUGGUAUUUGGUCGCUGUCUGCUUGGUGACAGACUUCCUGGUCUCGCGCGAAGGGGAGUUGUCGAACAAGACCAUCCCGUCAGAAGGCUCUCCACAGGAGCUGAUCGUGUCGGAUUCCACACCCACAAUGCUCUCGACGCAAUCGACACUGUCAACAUUCUCGAAGUCAACGCACUCCUCCUGUGACCACGGUGACGUAGAGUUUCUGGAACCAGAGGAGCAGCCCUGGCAAGGCAACGGCUCACGGAAGAAGCAGAAGAAAAGGAACGGGGCUGCUUUCGUUUGUGAGUACAGCUUGAUCCCUCGCCAAGAGAUCUUGGAGGCCUUUGAGUUCGUUCCGAAACUCUACGGCCGCAGCACGGCUGAUCGGGCUAAUGUGUCUUUACACUCGUUUCACGAGAUGCUUGGAACAUAUCCCUGUACAGGCAAAAACAUGAAAGAUAUUGCUGCCAGCUGUGGCGGCAAGGUCCGCUUGCGCGGGCGUGGCAGCCGAUAUUACGAGCUUGGCGGCCUCGAG